GGGUAUGUGGGAAUGUGAGGGAAAUUGGCUACUGCAAACACCACCUGCCUAUCCUGCCAUAUGCAAAUCAAUGGAAAAAGAAUGACUCUCGCACUUUUUUCCUUCCCAGUGCUCCAAGAGCAUAGAAAUGGAGACCAUCCCCAACAUUCUUCAAUGGUGGCUCACUUGGAUGCUGGUGGCAACUGUGGCAAUAGCAGUGACUGGUGUGAGUGCACAAGCUGACAUCAAUGCGAUGCGGAUGCAAAAUGCUGAGGCCUGCGUUCAAAACUUGGUGCAGAAGUGUUCGUCCAGUGACCGUGACUUGUACAAAAUUGAUCCUCAAUUAGCUGAGGCAAGGAUCAGGCAGGAAGCCUGUGCCAAGGAACUUGGUGAUUCUGGAUGGGUCAAGCAGAUGAGCAAGGAUGAUGUCAUGGUUGGGCAUGGACAAUCAUGUCGCAGUUGUGCCAGCAAUCGAGCACAGGAUAUGUUGACAAAUCUGGCAUUGUGCUUGGGAAGAAGUAACAUCAACUGCUGUUCCUGCUUGUUCCAUGUGAAACCUCCACCAGAAGCUGCGCAUUUUCUGUCUCAACAGCAAGUGCAAUCUGGUAAAUCGGAACUGAACCGCAGAGAUGUGGAUCUGAAUGAACUUGUGGCAAAGGUUAAUAGGCAAAACCAUCAUGAACAGCCUGAAGGCAUACCUCCUGGUGAUGCUGAUCAAAUAAUAGCAGAGGCUGUCAAACAAGGUAUUCAAUCUGCUCUGGGCACUUUGAAUCAAUCUGAAAUAAGGAUGGGGUCCCAAAUGUCGGACUCAAUGGUGUCCCAGAUUGCAAAGCAACUGAACUUUGGCACCCAGGAACAGCAGCCUGUCAACCCAUCAGCUGCUUCAGAUUUGGCUAAAUUGCAGGAAUUAUUUUCUCCUCAGGGACUACCUGCUGCUCAGCCUUUAGCCUUCCAUGAACAACGUGCCCCUCCAUUGAACAACAGGGGAAUAGACUCUGGCCAGCCUGCUGAAAAUCCUGUACCAUUGAACUUUGAUGAUCUCAUGAAAGGCUUUUUAAUGGAUCCAGGUGCGAUUCAAGAACAGCCUGAGGAAAGCAAAUUAACAACUGAGGAACCUAUUUCUCCUGGCCUUGAUUUGUCUUCUAUUCUGGGAAUGCUGGAUGCUCAAGGAGAUACAUCAGAAGUUGAUACUUCUCCUGUUUUAGUGCCUGACCUGGCAGCAGACAUUUUGAAAAAUGUAGAUGUUUCCCCAUUUCUGCAACCUGCUUCCGAGGAUUUACCAGCUGAGAGUGAUGCCAAGCCCACUGAAAAACCUGUCAAAGAUCAAAUGCCUGAUUUAUCCUCACUUCUUAACUUUGGUGAUAGGACCCAUGGCAAAAUUACUGGAGAAUCAAAUAAAUCAUCUACUGACAUUGGAUCCAAAAUGAUUCCUGCUCCAGAAAAUUCCUUGGACUCAGCCCCUCUGAUGAGAAAUGGUUCAUUAGAAAACUCUGAGCCAAGCACGGCAAAGAGUACAACUUCAUCAACUUCCAAAACCAGUGCUAUCACUGUAACAACUAGGUUACCAAGAGAAACAAAAGAUAAUAAAAGUGAUGGACUUUCCAGCACAAACAAGCCAGCAUCAGAGGAUAUUGCUCAUGAAGCUCUGGACAUCUUGAAAAAACUGGGAGCAAACUCGGGAAAUAUAUCUCAGGAAGAUAUCCAGAAGGUUGUCAACAAGUUAGAAUCUGCCAAGCCAGAGCUCAAGUCUACAACUGAUGGAAAUCGUCUUGAGACAACAGUGCAAAUGACAACCAGGACAGCCAAAAUCCCAAUUUCUACAAAAGCCAAGGAUAUGGGGUCAACUAAAAAAGAAAGCGCAGAAGACAUUUCAGAAGAAGAGGUUGUGACUGUAAUUGAAUAUGUUACUGAUGAGCCUGAGGCAGAAAUGAAGCCCUAUAAAAAAGCCAAGGAUCAUCAUAAACAAGAAGACUUCAGUGUUGAAGAUAUUGCAAAAGAAGCUGCUGAUGAGCGCUUUGCCACAUGGCCACCACCAGCUCAAGAUGACCCAAACACUGCUGAUGAAACCAUAGUUGUCAAAACAAGAUCCCCAUUGAUAACUGGUGAAGCUGGUGAAAUCCUCAAUGAAGUUCUCAAAAUUCCAUUUGACAAAAGCUUAGCAGCCAACAUUGGCAAGUCACCAUUUUCACCCCAGAAGGUCAGGCUGAAUGCAGGCUACAAGAACCCACCAAAGCCAAGGAUUAACACUCUUAAGGCUCUUGCUAAUUCAAACAAGGCAAAGUUGGCAGCAUCUCAGGCAGCAGAGGAUGUUGUUCAAGAUCUGCAAAAUGGUAACAGUUACAUUAAAGGUGCACUUGGAGACCAUAGCCAUCCCAAGAAGCCUUCUUCAACCUCUGUAACAAGAGGGAAGAUUGGCAAGCCAUCAAGAACCCGCUUGGAGGGCAAGUCCCUGUCCUGGAAUCGUCACAAAGAACCAGCUGCUCCAGCACCAGCACCCGCACCCGCAGAUGACACUAUGAACUCUGCAGAGUCCUCAGCUGGUGCAGAAGAUGUCCAAGCACCACCACCACCGCCACACCAGCAUCGUGGUCAAGAUCUCCCCCCUGCAGAUCGCCGUAGUAGACCACAAGAUGACCAUCACCAUCCAAAAGAUGAAGACCCUGAAGCGGAUUACUUUGAACGCGUUGCUGAUCCUUCUGAUCCACCAGCACAAUCCCAAUCAGAUUAUGACCAUCAAGGUCCACCAUCUCAGGACAAGCAGCAUGAUUAUGACCGCAGUGCACCUAGCGAUAACAGUGGGGAGCAGCAGCCAGCAGGUUAUGAUGGUAACCCGGAUUUUGACUAUAGCAAUAACCAUGCCCCAAGAGGGAAACCCAAGCAUCAUCAUAGAGUAUAUGGAAAUUAUGAUCACUCCAAGAAACGAUUCAAGCGAGAAGAUGGGAAAACAAGUACUGGUUCCAGUAGCAGCUCAGCCACAACAACAAGGGCUUCCACAUGGAAGACCACUGAAGCAUCCUGGCAAACCAUUCUGGAUGACUUGGAUGCUGGAAACUUUUCCAAUAAUGGAUCCCAUUCAUUUGAGCCCUUCAGUUCCUUUGACUCUAAUGGAACCAAGCAUAAUUUAAUGUCAGUUUUGAAUGGCACUGUGGCUGGUACAACAUUGUCAACAACUGUUUCCACCACUGCUACUUUCUCAGUUGUAGUUGCAGAUAGCCAUAAAAAUACAACAACAAGGAAUAGUAUAUGGAAUAAUAAGAGAGCUUCCGAACAAGAGCUGAAGAUACCGCUGAAUUAA